AUGGACGAGCACAUGAGCGACGUCGAUCAGCAACGCGAGGAGGAGCAGCUGGAGGCCAAGAUUGCGAACGAGGAAUACAAGAUCUGGAAGAAGAACUCAGUAUGGCUCUACGACAUGCUCUAUGCUCGCGCCCUGGAGUGGCCUACUCUCACCGCGCAAUGGCUUCCGGACAAGAGAGAGAUUCCAGGCUCGAACCUCGCCCAGCAUCGCAUUCUCUUUGGCACGAACACUUCGGACCAGGCGCUGAACUAUCUCCAAAUCGCGACCAUUGAAAUCCCUACCAUGCAGACCCCGGAGCCUGCGGAAUAUGACGAGCAGAAGGGCGAGAUUGGCGGCCACGGUGCUGGGAAGAAGGGAUCCUUCGGUUUCAACGUUAUCCAGCGCAUCAACCACCCCGGCGAGAUCAACAAGGCCCGCUACCAGCCCCAGAACCCGAACAUCAUUGCGACCAUGUGCACAGACGGCCGAGUUCUGGUGUUCGACCGGACCAAGCACAGCAUCAACCCCGAUGCAAAUGGCACUGUGAAACCUGACAUGGAAUUGAAGGGUCACUCCGAGGAGGGUUUCGGUCUGAGUUGGAGUCCGCACGUUGAAGGCCAAGUGGUUACUGGCUCUCAAGACGCUACUGUCCGUCUAUGGGACACCAAGGCCGGAUUCAGCAAGAGCAGCCCCGUAAUCUCGCCGUCGCGUACCUUUACUCACCAUGCUGCCUGCGUCAACGAUGUUCAGCACCACCCGCUACACAAGGACUGGAUUGCCACCGUUUCGGACGACUUGACGCUUCAGAUUCUAGACCUUCGCCAGGAGACUAACAAGAGAGGUCUCUACAGGAAGGAGACUCACACCGACGCCGUCAACUGUGUUGCCUUCCACCCCGCAUGGGAAUCUAUUGUCGUGACUGGUUCUGCGGAUAAGACGGUUGCCAUGUGGGACCUGCGUUGCUUGGAUAAGAAGAUUCACAGUUUUGAGGGACACACGCAAGCCGUCAUGAACCUCGAGUGGCAUCCCACCGACCACUCCAUUCUGGCCAGCUCCAGUUACGAUAAGCGCAUUCUCAUGUGGGAUGCGAGCAAGAUUGGCGAAGAACAGACGGAGGAAGAGGCUGAAGAUGGUCCGCCCGAACUCCUGUUCAUGCACGGUGGCUUCACCAACUCCGUCUGUGACUUUAGCUGGAACAAGAACGACCCCUGGGUUAUGGUUGCCGCUGCCGAAGACAACCAGUUGCAGGUAUUUAGGCCCGCAAGGACCAUCGUGGAGGUACCGAAGAAGAAGGUUUCCAACCGCGAUAUCUCGGAGUAA